AAUGUAUUCAGAGAUUAGGUCUAGGGUUUUCCGAUUCUUUAAAUAGACAUGCAAAAAAGAAAGUGGGUUUCCAUGCGUAAGACAUAAACUGAAAAUGUUUAAAAUGUGUGUUAGAAGUAAUGCUUUAUUUUCUGUGAUCUUAUGUUUAACGAUUAUAUAUGAGGCAUAUGAUAACACCGUCCGGGCAUUGAACGCCCACCCUGAGAGUGCUGUCCUGUUACCCGUUGAUCCAGUGAAGAGGAAAGACGAUGUGUUGAAUCUCACCUGCCGUGCUCCGGCAAAUUUUUCAAAACUUUACGUAGACAUAAACUUUAAAAUCUUUCACAAUGGAAUUUUUAUAAAUGAAGAUUAUUCACCACAAUCUGGAGAACUGGGGCGGCGAAGUGUUUUGUUGAAAAAGGUGUUGGAUGAAAAUGGUUACGGAAACUAUUCAUGCACUAUACAAGCCCAGGAGGGUCCGAAACCACGGCCAAAUUAUACAGCUAGCACCUAUGUAAAGAUCUUGACAGACACAGAGACCAUGGCUCAUCAAAAAAACCCAUUAGUACAAGUCGGUACUGGGGUGUCUAUACAAUGUCUUGACAAGCCUCAUGAGGGGCUUGUGGUCAAUUGGGAAGGUGGAUCAUCACAAUCCAACACCUGGGACUUCACACUUGACUCCCUUGGUGAUGUCAGUACAAGAAGAUGUCGUAUUGCCAAUAAAACAGCUCUUGGUGCCAAUGACAACAUCACGGAUCAAGCAGUGGCUAGUGGUUCAGCCCUUGUGAUCUCUAGGGACUUCAUAGGAGUGGAGACCAAAUCAACAGAGGUACUUGGUGGCUCCUGCAAUGUAUCCUUGACCGUCAAACACAGUGAUGUCAAGCAGUGGCACAACCUCUCAGUUGAGUGGACCAGCAAGGGAAAUGCCUUACUGGGUGUAAAGAAUUCCACAGGAUCCAUGCUCAUCAGCACCAUCCUCGUGAACAGGACAAUGGAGCCCAUCUCAGUCAAGAUAUCAUUCAGGGGAAAUGUUAUAGAACCGUAUAUCGACAUACGAGUUUGCCCUUAUACAUUGAUUCAAACAAACAGUUUGGGAGUUGCGGAGAUUGUGGGGAUUGUGCUGGGUUCAUUGGCGGUGGUGGUGGCGGUGGUGGUUGCGCUCAUUGUGCUACUGAGGAGGAAAAAAAAGCCCUCCUGCAAAAAGCCUGAAGAAGGAAACACAACAACUGAAGGUUUAAUGUCCAAGGACUCCAAAAAAAGUGAAUGAGAAGGUGGAUAAUGCUGAGGAGACACUGAUCAUGCAACCUUUAUGAGGCUUGUUUGUUAAAAGUUUAGCAAAUGUACAUUUAUUAAUUUUAUGAGUUGAAUGUACUGGUUUGUAUUCUUCAUUAUUGAUUUUGAUAAGAUGUAUGUGUCUGUUAUGCUUGUAGGGACAACAACAAAAGUUUGAUAAUGUUUCUGCAAUAUUCGAUAACAUUCUUGCUUUUGAUUUUUUUCUUCCAUAUUUCACUUUUAUUUAUUUAUAUGCUUUUCUUCUGUACUUUAAGUUUAAUUUAGGUUUUAGCUAUGUCUGGAUACGUUUUACCAUUAAUGAUAGUUUGUGAUCAAAGGUCCCCACUCAGAUGAAAAUAAUGUGUAAAAUUAAAUGUACCAUGAGAAGUGUUCAGCAGAUGAUGUAUGAUUAGAAAGUAUGAAUUUCAGAUAGAAUGAAUCUGAGAAAAAAAUCCUGAUAUUUCUGUGCAAUUUGCAAUUAUUUUUGUUUUAAGCAGGGCUCAACAUUUCAUGUCGUCUAAAGCAAACAAGUGUUCAAGAAAAUAUCUAAACAGAAACAGCUAGCUGGAUUGUUUUAAAUCCACGCUAAGUGCUGAUGCUCACAUAUCUAAGCUAAAAUUGUGUAUGUGCCAAUAAGCUGAAAGGAUUGGGAAAGAAUAAUUCUGCAUGUUUAUUUUACUUUGGGAUCCUAGAGUGUAUAGAUUUACUAAAAAACGUUUUGAGUUUAAAAUUAAGAUUCUGUUUUUGUUUAUUGGUUUAAACAAUGAGGUCAAUUGAAAUUGAUAAUACAAAAGCAUAAUAGUUCAUGUCAUAUGAUCAUUUUACAACGACAUGCUUCGUCUACUUUUUUUUUUUAAAGUAAACACAUUUAAUGAAAAUGGACUUGCUAUGGAUUAUCCAGGAAGGAAGGAGUGUGUGAAAUGUUUUUAGCAAAAAAAAUAUAGCACUUUUUUGUGGGAUAUAUAUUUUUGAUCAGGGCAAUUAAAUCUUUAAAGCUGCACUCUCACAGAAUGAACGAUUUGACAACUUUCUUGUCUCAGAAUCAGCUGAUUUUUGCAUCAACGCUUUUAAUUUAGUCAUAAACGAUAGAACAGAUCCAAAUUGUUAGAAAAACUGCUGAAAAUUUCAUUUCUUCUUUAAGCGAAAAAAAUAUGAUCUGAUCUUUUAUUAGCAGUCUUAUAUUACCAGUUUUGAGACAUUUACACUAACUUUGGCUCAUUCCAAGGCAAAAAAAUAAAAGUUGUCAAAAAGGUCAAUCUGUGAGACUGCAGCUUCACGUACCCAUACUUGUCCACCAGGACUGUUAUGUUGAGGCCUUGUAUGAAUGAUGGCAUAAUUAUGUAUUGUUGUAAAAAUUAUAAUGGUAUACUUGCGUUUCUAUCAAAGGUAUGUGCUGCAAGCAAUUUUAAAAUUUGGUAGCUCAGUGUUAAAUCUUUGUCACUGAUCUUUACCAUUGAAUUGUGUAUAUCUGCACCUUUUUUCAAAGAUUUACAGCCAAUUGAAACCAAUGCACAGUUUUGACCAAACCUUAACAUUCUCAUCUAUGGGACAAACAUUUAAUUAUGGUACUAGCAUACAUGUGAUAAUUUCUUGGGUCGAUUCCGGGACACUCGUCGUAAUGUCCGCAUGCCCCCCCGGAUUUUUUUUAAAUGGGGAACGUCUGUGUUGCAUUCUAUAGCAUAUCUGGGGCUAUUUUAGUCAUUUUUAACGUCGGGAAAAUGUACCUAUUGUGACUGCCAAAACGUAUUUUUUACUUGACAUGGUUGUUUUUUUCUGCAUUUUCUUGAAAAAAUAAAACCACCAGAUAUUUUCCCAGGCUUUAAAUUAAGUGCUAACCAGGAGGAUAUGCAGUCUACUUUCGGUUUCAUCAAAACAGGAAAUAAACAACUAUACGGGCACCUGUUUUCCCGCGCUUUUGAGAACAUGCGUUACAAAAUAUUUAUUUUUUCAUCACAUUUAAAACGUUUGCAAUUUAUGACACACAAUAUUUUCCAGACGAUAAAGAAGAUUUUCCAGUCGAUGAGCUUUUUUCCGUUUGGAGAUGCAUAUAAUUUUGAUAGAGACGUGUCAACAUUCGGCUGUAUAAAGGGAUCACGUGACUUACCAUGGUCACGUGAUUAAAGCACUCUAUAUAACCACCUGUAAACCCCAUAUCGUCAGUUUUAUUUCGGCGUAAUAAUACGUAAAAAUUCACACGAUAGUUCGGAAAAAAGGUCAAAACACUAAAAUUCCAUAUACACGCGUAAGUUGUUUAAAGUAUAACGACGUAUCGACUUUGAAAUUUGAAAGGAAUAUGGGAUGUUUUCCGUGUUUUAAUUUUGGUUUUUUACUCAUUUUGUCACUUUCUUUGAACUUACCUUCAUGCUCGUUUGUUGGUAAAAUGUGUGAAAAAUAUCAAUUCAUCAAUUAAAAGCUAUCAUUCAUAAGACCAAACAAAUCCAUAUGAAAACAAUGAAUUAGUAUACAAGAACCCUCCCCCACUCGUUAAGCACAACAAUAGGCCGAUAGAUCAAUUAUCGGGUGAUUGACGAUGACCUCGACGACACACGUACCAAUUAACGGAUCAGUGUCAACAUGUCCUGUGUUUUACGACCAGUGUCCCGGACAGGCAAAAUAGCUGACUUACAUUGGUAAAAUUAAGAUAAUCGAUUCCGAUUCCGAUAUUUUUUUUUCGUUUUUUUUUUUAUGACUUUCCGGGACAAACAUGCACCCUCCGUGACUCCGUGACAGAGAUACGAUUUCCGGGACAAUCCCGGACGUCCGGGACGUUAUCACAUGUAUGGUACUAGGCAUAAGUCACAUAAAAAUGAAGAGUCACAAUCAAUACACAGAUCAUUACCUCAAAAAUCUUGGUGAUCCUUAAUGGUCUGGAGGACAUUUAUGGGGUAUCAUUUCUGUAGUACCAAACAAUUAUAAUCCUAUUGGUAUCCUGCAUAUUAAUUAAGUUAUUUCCCCAUAAUAAUAUAUCAUAAUUGUUCAUAAAGGUUGCUUGUCCAGGCCAUACCUUUUAAUUUUAUAAAGGGAUUCAAAUGAAACUUGGUAUAUAGAUUGAUAGCAAUAACAGAAAGUGCAGUUCACAAUAACCAUAAUCCUGUCCUGCAAAUUAUUGUAGUUAUCUACCCUUAAACUUCCCGUAUCCUGAUAUUUUUCAAAAAUGGUAGUUUGUCAGGUCAAAUCUUCAAAAGUAUUAAAGGGAUGGAAAUUAAACUUUAAAAUAGAUGAAGGCAAUGAGAAAAAGUGCAGUGCUUAAGAAUCCAAAGUCCUGCCCUGCAUCCUUUUAGUGCUUAAAGGCCUAGUUUAAGGAAUGUUGGAAAUGAAAAUCCCCUGCUGUGCAUCUCCUGCAUACAUACUGUUGUCACAGUAGCGGCCAAUUUCCUGUGUAUUUGUUUAUUGGCUCACGGCCAUUUAGGGUCCAUUUCUAUUAUAAAACCUCAAAAACUGCACAGGAUACUGAGAUCGGAGAUCUGUUAAGACAAUUAGGCAAUUAGAUUAAGAUCAAUACACAGAGGUUGUGUACUGUAC